CCCAAUUUCCAUAGCUCCGGAUAGAUUUCAAUUCGCUUUCCUUCGACAGGGUUCCCUGCGAUCUUCGCUGUUGGUUGUGCCCUAAUUCGACAGGAAGAAGAUUUCCGUCGUCAAACCAGCCAGUUCUAAAAUUAGUUCUAAAUUUAGGGUUUGGCGCAAUCAGUAGAGAAACUCGAUCCAAUAUGUGCGAAUCUUUGAAAUUCUUUGUCGCUGUUGCCGAAAUUCUUAUGAUCCCUUGGGAUUGAGAAAUCCGAGGUGGCUAGAAGAAGACCCUCGCUGAUGUCAGGCUGUGCGUUCCAAUUCGCCCAAUUUUGGAGACCCACCCAGCGUUGUGUUCGUCGCUGGACCUCUGUAGUUUCUGAUUAAGCAGCGUCUGUUUUGCAGAAAGUCUUGGUCGUGGCAGUUGGGUUCCAUUUGCUGCAGCCAUUCCAGUGGAUUGAUGACAGAACUGUAAGUAGCUUUGAACGUGACGCAUUUUAUCUCUGGAGAUAAAGUCGAUUCUUGUAAGAAACUAUUAUGGGUUUCCUGUUGUGAGCGUUUCCUUGCGGUUCCUGUUGGCAAUAUCUGUAAUGCCAGAAUCGUUAUUUUUUUUUUGAAACGUAGCUCUUCAAAACCGAAAUCAAACAGACGUUCAUCACGAAGAUAAAUAACAUUAGAUCUUACAAGAUAUGUGGAAAGUGAAGUUCAGAAAUCCGCUCGAAAUUCAUUGGUCUUCUGGAAGAUUUCUCUAAUUAUGGAUCACAGAGGAGAUCCCACCACCAAUUAUAUUGCACCAAAUUUGUCCCGGAGCUGCUUGAAUUUUGCAGCGGUUGUGCAGGUGCUGCCAAUGCAAGAGGAAGUGAACCGCUGAGACAUCCUCAGACACGCGUAGGCAUGGGUAACAGAGAUAAAUUCACGAAACGCACAAAGCAAAUUCUAUUACAAACAAAUAAACCCGCAUGCUUCACUUUGUCUACAGACAUCCUCUGUGAAGUCCAGCUCCUCAUUCCAUUACCCCCUGUUUGAGUUGAAGCGCCAUGGCGAACCUAGCUACUCUUCCGGAGUCCUCUCUCGAAGAGGAUAUGUCGGCUAGCGUGGCAUCUUCCAGUGAAAGCUCGGAUCUCCGGAACGAGAAAGUCUUGCUGCAGGUGCAGGAGAGACUUAAGAAGCAGUUGUUGGACAAGAAGCAUGAGAUUGAAGAUAGAAUCUAUGAGCAAAAGAGGUAUCUGCUGCGAGCCACCAAGGAUCGGGAGGAGGCUGGAGUGCAAUUGUAUGACCUCCAGUGCAAUCUGGCUAGUCUACAUGCCAGUCUCACGAAGACAACCGUCGCUCUUGACACAGCUUCUCAAGGUCAUGCAAAGGCUAGGGAAGAGUUAGACACGAUGGAGAAGCAACAUGCGCUGCGUUCCAAAGAGCACAAAGUCAUUGUAGACAAAACAGCUGAAACUAGACGAGAGCUUGAUAACAUCACAAACGUGUUGAUGUCGCUGGAAGAUUUGAGUGAGAAGCUCAAAGGUGAUAUUGCAUUGAACAGGCGUGCCACAUAUGCAACCGAAGAAGCAACUCUCAGGAUUGAGUCCCUCAAGAAGCUGCAAGAUGCGGCCAUUGACGACUGCCAAACUCGGAUCCAAGAAAUCCUGAACAAAGUCGAACUGACCAAAGGGCAACUUGAAGCUCAGAAAAGAGAAUCAUUUUUUGCCAACCUCGCUCUAAAAGAAGCUGACAUAGAAAUGGCCUCUAUUCAUGCGGAAAAAAGACAGCUUACUUUUCAGUGGAAGACUACUUUGAUAGCCUUGACUCGUUGUGAUAAUGCUGUGAAGCUUCUAAGAGAUGCGAUUGAUAAACAAGCAGAGGUGAAAGUAGGAAUAAAAAUCGAAAAAUCAAGAUACGUAAAAGAUACAGGAAAGAUGAAUAAUUUAUGUGAUCGAGCCAAAUUUAGACUCUUGAAAAUCGAUAGUAGUAUGAAAGAGGUAGCAAAAUUUAUCAACAAUGUGACAAAUCAAUGCACAAAAGUAAAUCAACAAUAUGCAAAAGUUCUUAUCAAGGUUGAAAAAGUAAAAAAUGAAAUCAAAGUUGCUGUUGAAGACAUUAAAAAGCUAAAACUUACAAUAAAGGAAGUCAAUACACAAUACAUAAGAAAAAAAAAUAAAAUUAAUGAAUUGGAGACCAAAAUAAUGUCAAAACUAUUAGAACAAGUGAUCCUUGAAGAAAAAGGAGCAGAAGCAAAAGUUGCAAAUAUUAGCGAAUUAAGAAAAUUAGUGAAAAAACAAGAUUCCAUGGCCACAAAGCUAAACCAUGAACUAUCUUCUAUUAGAUGUGAAGUCCUUGCGGUUCAAGCAUAUAAUCAAGAAAUAAACAUUGCACUGAAAAUGGUGAAUGAUGAUGUUGCUGCAAAAUAUAAUAUCAUCUUUAAAUUUGAUGCAGAGAUCAAACAAAAAGAUCGAGAAGUGGACUUAAAAACAAAAGAGAUCAUGCGUCUAAAUAAAAAAUAUGAGCAAUUGACUGCUAAUAUGUCACAUCCGGAUGCAUCAUCACCAUGGGAAGCUAUGAUAUAUAACUUAAGGAUUGAAAUUAAUCAAAAUUUAAAAGAAUCGAAUGAAUCUCAAAGGCAAUGGUUGUCAUUGCAAACUUCACUUGUGGGUCUUCAAAAUGAUAUCAAUACAUUAAGUGAACAAGUGCAACGUGCAAUUUAUGAUCAAGGAAUUUUAAUCCAAAGGAAAUAUCGAGUUGAUGCUCAAUGUAAUAUACAAAUACAAUCUUCAAAGGACCUUCAAGUUGAGAUAGGUCAAAAACGAAACUUAAUUGCUAGGUUGAAUGAUUUGAUUGGUAAAAACAACACAUUAGAGACUUCAUUGGUUGAUGUUACAAAGAACAUGCAAACUCAACACGUUGUGAUUUUGAAAGACUUGGCAAAAGAAACAAUGGAUCUUGAAUCGCAAUUUCAUGAUUUAGUAGUUGAAAAAGAUCAUGCUCUCAAGCAUUUAGAUGAGUUGGAACAUCACGUGAUGCUAUGGAGGUACAAAAUAUCCUACGAAAUACAAAUUCAGGAAGCUACAGAUCCAAAUAUAGGAUCAUCAGAACUUUCCAAACUCAAGAAUUCAAUUGAUCAUAUGCAAUUUGAAUUCAAUAUGCUUCAAUUAAAACGCAAAAAACUGAUUCGAAUUCUUGAAUUCAAAGUGGAUUGUCGUAAAGUUAUUACUUCAAAAAUGGAGGCAAUGAGCAAUCAAAAAGGAAUUGAUGGUCCAACUGGAUUUGAAGCUGGCAUGGUUAGAGCUGUUGAAGAUUUAAAAAAAACAAUUAAGAAUACCAAUAAAAGUGUGGAGGAAUGUGAUGCGAGGUUAAAAGGGCUUGAAACGCAAAAAACCACCUUAAAUCAUAAAAUUUCAUUCUUGAAUGAACAUCUUAGUGAACUUCUUCUACAACAAGAGCAUUCCAAGACAAGGUUAAGAGAAAUGAACAAAUCAAGAUCAAGGAUUUUUCUAACCACUGCCAUGUACCAACGCCUUGUCAAAAAACAUGAAAGCUUUAAAAAUGAUAAUUGGAAAGGUAUCCCUUUCAAGAAAAGCAUUAUUGAAGACACAAAUGAAGCAAAUCAAAAGAUACAAAUGUUGAUAAAAAUCGUUGGAGAACUGAGUGAACAAUUACCAAAUUUGCAAGAAAAGUUAGACAAUUUGGUUAUUCAAAGCGAAGUAGCUUUGAAAAUUAGUCAAUGAGUCAUUUGCAACUAUUUCUUAAUUGGAUUAUUUUUGUAUUGAAAAGAAUUGAAAACAGAAAUACAAUGUAUAAAAUUUUAUUCAUUAUAGAAAAGUUUCAACAAAGAAUCAAAAUACAUAUUU